AUGGCUUCUCCUCCCGCCGCCGCGGCGCCUUUCCAGCCAGUCUACCUCCACCAGCUCUACCGCGAUCCCGCCCCCGAGCCCCUCCCCUUGGUCCGCCGCGAGAUGCUCUUCUUCUGCCGCACCUUGAAGUGGUGCGUCCUCGGCUUCAUCUUCCUCGCCAGCUUCCUCGUGCUGAUGUGGAUAAUUUUCCACCCUACCUUCCCGCUCCUCAACGUCUCCUCCGCCUCCAUGUCCCCCGUCGCCUUCAACGCCUCCGCCGCCUCCGCCGACUGCAACAUCACCUUUAUCCUCACCAAUCCCAACCACCACCUCACAGCGUCAUACGACCAAAUGGAAAUCUCCCUGCUCUACGCAUCGCAGCAGGUUCCCCUCUCGAUUUUCCACCAGCCGCCAAUCGUGCAGCCCAAGCGCGGCCAGACGACUUUGCAGGCUAAUCUCAGCUUCUCCGGCGUAGAUCUCGGUGGUGGCAUGGUCAACUUGAUGAAGCAGGACGUUGAUCGCGGGAGCUUGGGGCUUACGGUUAAGAUUUUCUCAGUGAUUAAAUUUAGGAAUGGGAAAUGGAAGACCAAGUCUCGUUACAUGAGGGCUUACUGUCCUGGUGUGAGUUUCGGCUUUGUUUCGAGUAACAAGUCUGGCAUCUUCUUGAAUCCAUAUCAGGAAUGCCAGGUUUAUCUUUACUCCAAGUGA